AGCAACCAUACCGUUGUCUCAGGCCAGGCUGCGAGUGAAAGCACUCCUGCCAUCCCAUUGAUGAUGACGAGCAUGGGGUCAACCUUCGCCCCGAUCACCACGAUGGGAUCGCAAGGGAUGAUCCCUAUCAUGUCAACCCCUACUCCGAUGCCUACGACGACAAUGUUCCCAUGCUCGAUAACAACACCUGGUGGGGCAUUCACGCCAUACUCGUCAAGCUUUGCUCAAUUUGCCGCUGACCCGGCAAAUGUUCAAGCUCUGCAGGGCUAUCAACAGGUGAUGGCCAUGAUGCAACAGGCGGGGGGCUUCAUGCCAUUUGCCUAUCCUGGCAUGAUGCCACCAAUUAUGAAUCAAAUGCCACCCCCGGUGUCGACCCCAUCGACAUUCGUCCCUAGGAUGGUCCCUAUACGCUCGGUGAAUUUGAUAGGGACCAUGGACAAAGCAACCCCCUCAAAUUUCCAUGAAACCGACGAGGCGGAGCAAGAGGCGGCCCGCAGAAGGAAGGGUAAAGCUAUAGCCAAGCCCAGCAAAACCCGAGAUUCUGCUUUUAAAUGCCUGGGGGACAAAGAGGAUGGACCCCGCAAGUCUGCCAAGCUACGUUUUGGUCCUGAGAUGGGCCGGACUAGCGCAAUGGAAAGACUUGGUGGGAGUCAUCCCGCCCAAUCACGUCGUUCUAGGGAAUCUGAGACGAUUCGCCUAGACGAGGAGGAGGCCGAAAGUCAGCCCAGAGCAUCGGCAUACACUAGGCUCUCAUAUGAUGAGGAUGAACUAGACAAGAUAGGGAGCGUAGCAAGAAAGCUAUGCGCCCUGGAGGAAAAAGUAGAAGAGAAGGCAGGAGCAAAGAAGCACACCCUGACAAAAUCACCCUUUUCGACUAGGGUACAUGCACAAAAACUAAGGCGGAAGGUCAAGUUGGACGUAGAGAAAUUCACUGGAAAGGAGGAUCCAAACGUCCACCUCGACACUUUCUACAAUGCAGCACAAAUGACCGGGUGCACUGAUGCUGAGGAGUGCCUACUCUUCUUCUCAUCCUUGAGAGGGAGGCCAAUGGAAUGGUUUAAUAGCCUUCCCCAUGGUAAGAUCGGGUUCUUUAAGAAACUUACUGAAGUUUUCCGCAAGAAGUACCAGGAUAAUUGCAUCAAGAGGAAGAAGUUUACCUACCUUAAUACGGUAGGGCAGAGGGAAAAGGAGUCCUUGACUCAGUUCUUAACUCGCUGGAGGGACGAGGUUGACAAAGUACAAGAGAUGGACGACAAGACGGCCAUGUCUUUGCUGAUGAAUGCCUUCCGGUCGGGUGACCUCUACACUGAAUUUUGUAGAAGGCUACCCUCCUCUUAUCAGGAAGCCUACAAUACGGCAUGGGAGUAUGCCGAGGCGGAGGUCUUGAACAAGAGUAAGAAGGAACUGGAGGAAGGCUAUACAAUGGCAAAAAUCGAUAAGCCGAAGAAAGACGAUCAGAUGGGAGGGUCCAAGCCAAGGGCCACAUAUGAUGGAACGGUCCAUCAAAUCAGGGAUGAGAAGAAAGGAGAACAACCCAAGCAGCCUUGGACGGAGAAGUGAUGUACCUACCACCAAUCUGACUCCCACAAUACGGCGGAUUGUCGAAAUGUCAAGGCUGUGCUCAAGGAGAUGGCCUUGAAGGGGGAACUUGGGGAAGGUUAUGCGACGGGACACAAGAAAGACCCGAAAACUAACACCUGGACCCAUCCUCAGGAGAAAGAUCAAGGAAGGAGGAAAGGCAGGGAUAACAACAAGCCGGAUAAAGAGUUCAUCGAGACGAUUGUUGGCGGCCCGGAAGGCGGGGAUACUGCCUCCCAGUGGAAUAACUGGGCCAGGAGUUU